GUAUGAUGCAUUAUGCAACAUAUGACUUGGUCGAUUUUUUCAGUUUUCAGUAUCUAUGACUGAAAGGUUCCCCGUCAGUGAAAAUCAAUGCCAUAUAUAUGUAUCCUCGAACUUUCAGGAGCGUAAAGGGCGGGCCCAAUUUAAUCUUUAUGGGCCUUGUUCGGACCAAAUAUAUUUAACCCAUUUUGGGAACAAUUCAAUUAAGGAUAGUGUUUAAACUUUAAUCGGGUCGGAUUAAACCCGACCCAUUAAAAACCCUCUCUCUCUCAGAAGCCGUUGCCGGAGAAGGAACCCUAAUUGUCGUUUUCGACACGGUUCCUCCUAAUCACCAGACUGUUUCUUCUUCAUCUCUCCAAAAGACGGCUGCAAUGUCGGAAACAGAGAGGAAAUUGCCUUAUGUACCAGAUGAGUGGUCUGAGGCUGCGAAUUCGGUUGCCUGCAGUUUCAUCACGCCUGUAGCUCUGGUCUGUGGCCCAAAAAAUAGCGGCAAAAGCACCUUUUCCCGCUUCCUUGUUGAAGUUCUUCUACAGAGGUACAAACAAGUAGUGUAUCUGGACACCGAUGUUGGCCAGCCUGAAUUCACAGCCCCUGGUUUUAUUUCUCUCACGUUAUUGGAUAAAUCAAUUCUAGACUCAGAUUUGUCCAUUCCAUGUGUAAAGACACCUGAGAGGUGUUUUUUCUUCGGUGAUGUUUCUUCUAAGAGGGAUCCGAAAACAUAUCUAAGGUAUAUAUUUACCCUAUAUGAUUACUACCAGUUACACUUCUCCCAGUCUAACGAGAGCAAAACUGGUCUGCCGCUCGUCGUUAAUACACCAGGGUGGGUAAAAGGUAUAGGAUAUGAUAUGUUGGUGGAUGUGCUGGGGUAUGUCUCUCCCACCCAUGUUGUGAAGAUCAAUAUUUCUGCCGAGCCCAAGAACCUCCCAGCUGGGUUGUUCUGGUUAGACCGUAACCAUGAGGAGACUGUUAAUCUUAUAGAGAUUCAAUCAGCUUACCGAGACAGUCUCAGUAGAUCUGUUUUAAUACAAAAGGAUACCCGUCUCAUGCGGGAUGUACGGAUAGUCGCUUACUUCAGACAGUGCAUCAGAGAUAAGGAAGUCAGCACAGUCAAAGAACUCGCCCAUGAACUCGCUUCACAUACCCCAUAUGAAGUCCCAAUAUCAAUCAUGAAAAUCGAGCAUCUUCAUUUUCAGAUUCCAAGCUCUGAAGUCUUGUAUAGUCUGAACGCAACUAUUGUCGGCCUGGGCGUUAGUUCUGAUGUGUUUGAAGAUUUGCCUUCGUGUGUGGGUCUUGGGAUGGUUAGAGGUAUCGACAUGGAGAAAGGCGUGUUGUACAUCAUCAGUCCCAUUGCCGGACACAUUCUUCAGAAAGUUGAUAUUCUCCUGCAGGGUUUGAUUCAGAUACCCACUUGCUUAUUAGAGGUGAGAGAAUACAGAUCUCCCUACAUUUCUACCAAUGUUUUGGCCACAAGCUGAAGUAUGGAUUUCUUUUUGGGAAGAAUCUUGGCAAAAUAAAAAUGGUUUUUGGUAUAUAAUUAUGUAGACAAUUAUGGUUAAAAAAAAAGAAUAGUAAUAAAACGAUUGCCCUAUAUUUUUUUUUUUGAUAA